UGCAAGUUGUUUCCAGGUCGCCAAAUUCUAGGAGACACGUGGCAGUUUGCAGCUUGGCAACCUGUCGUCUAACUUGCUUUUCCUCCCCGCAGUUUUCACUUUGCAGUUUACCUUGGUCUGCGUCAGUCACGCUGCCCCCGCCUGGAAAGCGCGGAUGAGUGACUCGGAGUUAACAGGCGUUGUGGAGGAAGCAAGGAGUUUGGUGACGAAGGUUCUGGACGCUAUACCUGUGGUUCACGGAUCCUGUGUUACCACUCAGGGGUUGACCCUUGACCCCUCUGGAUAUUCCAUGAAUCUUGAGUAUAUGGUUACUCUAUUGGACAUCCCCUCUGCACCAAAACUCAAAGCCCUGGCUGCAGACUUCACGCUGGAAAUGUGUCUGUACCGCAUGGCCGAGGGCCUGCAGAUGUACAGUGGGCUGCUGAAUGUGGUGGCGGGGCAUCUGACCUCUUCUCAGAAGAUCUCUGACCUCGGGGCUGACAUCAAGGACCUGCUGUCAAAGGUGCAGAGGAUUCAGAAGCUGUCCCAUGUCUCGUCUCAGUCGGCAGAGACUGACAUGUCCAGCCUCUCGUCUCGUCUGACGGGGGACUACGAGGUGCAGCUGGCCACCCACGUCAUCCUCGGCCACCUGCGCAGCUUUGCUCAAGACGUUUUCCGCAGCCUGCGCAACCUCGCCCAGACCAUUAGCUGAAACCACCAAGGGGGACAAACUCACUACUGCCCCCCACUGGCAGGGACAGGCAGCGCAGACGACAGCUCUAUCCUGUUGUUACUGAUGCUGCUGUAGUGUAGUGCAGUGUUGCCAGGGCCAGGUUUGGGUGAUCAGGAUGAGACACUGAGAGCUCUGUGAGAUCUUUGCUGCUGUUUACAGGAUCAGAGGUCUGGUUCUCAUGCAGACCUAAAAGCACAAUGCUUUAUUUUCUUUGGGAAUAUUUUAAUUUCGUUUUUUUUAAUUUGUUUUAGUUUUUAAAUGCCACAAUGACAUUUAUCAGAGACCACAGGCUUCUGUGCCUGAAGUGUGUGUCAUUGUCUGAGAAGAGGAAGUAUGAAAUCAUUACUGAAGCGUCUGAUAGGACCGUUGGCGUGAUUCAGUUUAUCAACCACACUACUAAGAUCAGCUUUGCUUGAAGGGGAAAGAAAAUAGCCUGAGAGGUAGAGAAAGGAGCGGCUGGACUGAUGAGCUCACCUCAUGGUGCUCCUACUGAUGAUCAAAGCACCCAUCAUACCCCACGUCAUGAUAUGUCACUGCCUCUCCACUUUGGGUCUGCUUCUUCUAAUUUUAGAGGAAUUUCGGAUCAUAUUGACUCUCGCCAAACAUGGCUUUUUUUUCGUCCACCAACCAACCAUGCAUUUCUCGUCCCUACCAAUUGAAAAUGAUUUAUGUAGAUUAUUUAUUAACAUAUUUAUUUAAACUAUUGAGCCUAUUUGUGUGUUUGUAUUUAUUGUUUGCUGAAGUAACAGCGAAUGCAGAGAAAGUGUCCUCUGUGAAUAUUUUUGCUCGCUUCGUAACACUUCCGUCUGUUCUGCGAUUGAGCAACAUGCUGACGCAGAGUCAACGGGAAGCGCCCUGUCUAAUGAUGUCAUCAGUCUUGCAAUCGCUGGAGCACAUUCUGCUAUUUGGCAAUCGUGACUGUAGCUGCUGAUUUAAACAUGUGGGACAGCACCCUGAUCCGGUUGUUUUGUUUAGUAAUGCCAUUCAAAAUUAAACCGUUUCUUCUGUUUGCAUUUGGGAAGGCCGGGGAUGUCCGUUGGGAUUUAUUCCGUGCGUGAUAUUUUCCGGAUUUUUCCCCCUGAUAUUUUCCUAAUUUCAAGCUUAAGUGAGUUGAAUAAUUAACGGAUGUGGCAAUGAAGUCAUUCUUUAUCAGCGGAUCACAAUGAGUCAACCAUACCUUCGGAUGCAAAUGUAGUGGUUUUGCCCAGAGGAGACUUAUUGUGUCUUCGAGUUAUUGUACCUACAAGGCACGGUCUUACCGACACUCAAUCAUGUACAAUUCCCACGGAAGGGUGUGGCUUCUAAGUUGGAUAUGUUGUAAUGCCCAAUGGGAUGCAUCUGUUUGAGCAUGCUAUGAUGUUCUAAGAUCACAUACCUUGCUCUAAUGUUUUAUUUAUAUAUUAUACUGUUGAAUUCAAUGUAAUGCAAAUGCCAUGCCAUCGUCCUAUUGCAGAGUGGAGAGUAGAGUGGAAAGAGGGCUAAGGUGGUUCGAGUAUCCUGCAUGGAUUUUUGUCCUUAUUUAUUUAAAUAUGUAUUUAUAUUAUUUUAUAUAUGAAAUGGUUUGUAUAAUAUAAGUAUAUUUUGGAUUUUUUAAGUAUUUUAUAUAUUUGUAGGUUCAAUAUUUCAAAUCCAUGUGUGGAUUACAUGAAACAUUAGUUUAAAAAAAUAUUUUUUACAAUGUAAUGUUAAUUACAUAGCCUUUCUGAUAAAUGUGUGACACAUUGAUAAUCUACCAUUAAACCGCUUAAAGUUUUAAAUUAUUUGUGUUGUUUUUGGUACCAUGAUAACAUUUCUCCUUUGUUUAUGAAUUCAUCUGCCAACUAUUUAAUUGUUUGUAUAUGGCCAAUAUUAUUUACAUGUAAGCCUACAUUUGAAAAUAAAUUAAGUUGAUGUUUUUAACACCUGAAGUCUGUGUUGGUAUUUGUGCAUAAAUGUAGGCUAAUGUUAAAUGUUGCUUUAAUGCUGAACUGAAAGAUUAGCAUUUAGACUGUAGAAGAAUAAGACGGCAAGAAGAAUCUAACAGGACCGUUAACGUAAUAAACCCUUUAGUCAGGCACAGGCAAUACACCCUUUAAUCGCUAACCCAACACAGCCGUGACAACCACCAUGACAACAGUGCAGCAGAACCACGAAGCGGAGGGGGUCCCGACGGUGGCAGCCAUGUUUUUUUUUUCUGUGUGGAGGGAAGUGAAACAGUCACUCGAGUCCCCCUGCUCGGAGAGGGAGAGAGGAUAAUGCCAAAGUUGUCAAGGCUACGCUUGAGGAGAGUUCUCGAGAGCAGUGCAUCGUGGGUACAGGAAGUGAGAACUGGAAGUCUUUCUCAACGGUGCCCUCAGUCUGAUUCAUGAUUCAUCUCCCUCAGCUGGUAUGUGGAGUUUGUUUUGCUUGAGCCCAGACAGCAAACACACUGAUAAAUACCAUGUACAUAUUCUUGGCAAUGAACAGAGCAUUCACAUAGACCGUCAUGCCCACACACCACAGACGCGCCGUCUUUCUCUUACACACACACAC